AUGGACUCCCAACUCUCAUCGAAAGCGUUGCACAAUCGCAUCAACACCAACAUCUCGCAAUUGCUGCAACGAUUCGAGAACAUCAUGGCUACUGCUACUGGUCAUUCAACAUUAACCGAUCUGUCCCAGGUCGAUAAUACCAGCCACACAGCCACGGCUGUCGAGACAUACCAACUGGACGUGGAGUCGACUGCACUGGUCCGCGCCGCCGAGGAUAUCCUCGCGUUAACCCGCAGCAUGAAAGAGACCUGGCUGUUUGGGAAACUCGACACGCUCGGCGAGGACGAGUCGGAUACGAAGCGCAGAGAGGAGCUGGAAUGCGAUGCUGUGGCUAUUCGGAAGGCGAUUGGGAACGGGGGGUUGUUGAAGCCGGCGAAGUGA